UCAUUUGGAUAUACCUCAAUAGUUCAGAUAGCAUUGCAGACAAUUUUCAUUCAGCUUUUUGAAUUAGUUCGUUCAGAAAUCUUAUUGUAAAAUUAUCAUUCAUUAAGCUCACUCAAUGGAACGGAAGAUUAUGAAAUGAAUUAAUUCAGAUCAUUGUGACGAUCUCGGUGGAUUGACGUGUUUCUGUCUUUGCUCGCGGUGUUCAUACUUUUGCGAUUCGUUUUGUGAAGUGAAGUGCUUUUAAAAAUAUUUUUUUUUGUUUCCACGUUAGUGGUGAAUGCUUUGAAAAUUUGAAAAAUUUUAAAAGUAAAAAAUUUAUUGUGUUCAUACCUGGUCGUUUGCUGUGAAAAUUUGAAAUUUAAUUUUGAGAAGUGAAAAUGGUGAAUCAAGGAGAUGAAACGAUCGAUGCUUUCCAGCAAUAUUACAGUCGACCACCUGUAAUGACAACGAAAGAAUCAUUUACUAAAUUCUUAUGGAAUCCAGAUAACAGGAGUGUAUUCGGCCGAACUGGAUCAAGUUGGACAAAAAUCGGUAUCUUCUACACAAUAUUUUAUGGAGUAUUAGCGGCCUUAGUUGCAAUAUGCAUGUGGGUGUUCUUCCAAACGCUAGAUCCACGUAUUCCAAAAUGGAAGUUGGAAAAGUCAAUCAUUGGAACAAAUCCAGGUCUUGGAUUUCGUCCGCUGCCCCCAGAAGAUAAUGUGGAGAGUACGUUAAUUUGGUACAAAGGAACGGAUCAUGAGAACUACAAAGUUUGGACCGAUGCUUUAACAUCUUUCUUAGAAGUAUACAAAACACCGGGUUUGACGCCUGGCCGAGGACAAAAUAUUUACAAUUGUAAAUAUACAUCCCCGCCGCCAGCUGGUCAAGUAUGCGAUGUUAACAUCAAGGAUUUCGAGGUGUGCACACUAGAAAACAAUUACAGUUAUCACAAGAGCUCACCGUGUGUCUUCUUGAAACUGAAUAAAAUCUACGGUUGGAUUCCGGAGUACUACAACCAGACAAUCGGUCUGCCAGAGAAAAUGCCGAGUAAUUUGAAAGAAUACAUCGCAAAACAGGACCCGCUUGAGUUAAAUACAAUUUGGGUGUCGUGUGAAGGCGAAAAUCCGGCUGAUGUGGAAAAUAUCGGUCCGAUUGAAUAUUUUCCGAGACGUGGAUUUCCCGGAUACUAUUAUCCAUACGAAAAUUCGGAAGGUUAUUUGAGUCCUUUGGUCGCUGUCCAUUUCGCCAGACCAGUUCGCGGAAUCAUCAUCAACAUUGAAUGUAAAGCAUGGGCGAAAAACAUCAUCCACGAUCGCAAAGAGAAAUUGGGAUCCGUUCACUUCGAAUUGUUAAUCGAUUAAUGCGGAUGCAUCGAAACAGGAAAAUAAAUUCAAAAUUUGAGGACCAAUGAUUUGACGAAAUCAGAAUUAAUAGCGGAAAGAAAGAUAAAAACGGAUUCACUUCGAGGGAAUAGUUUCUGUUUCCGACAGGCAAAAUGCACACAACAAUUUUAGGCUAGUAAAAUUUGAAAUCUAUGAUUGUAAGAAGCGAUUAAAAAAAAAAACCAAAUAGUAUGCAAGUUAGAUAGUAAUUUAAAAUUAACAAUGAAGCGAAAGUAAUUUUUUUUGAAUCUCUUUAACAUUAUAUGGUAACGUAAACGUCAAUAUUAUUGUUUUCACACAAUGCUCUACUAUAUUUAAAUUGUUCCAUUUUUCCCCUCGGGUUUGUUUUACAUUUCUCUUCGGUCGUUUAAAAUUUAAUUGUAAUAAAAAUUUAGUUUUGUGUGUGAGUUAAAGGUUAGUUUAAAGUAAAACUUUUUGAAUUAGACUUUUAAAAAAAUCGUAUUUGCCAUCUACCUGCUAAAAAUUAAUGAGAAAAAUGACGUCAAAUGACAAUAACAUAAAGAUCUGAGAUGCAAUUAUACACGAGACACCUAAUUUAGUGUCAUUCUAUAUUAACUGCCGGUAUAUACAGAUAAUGGCGGGCUCUCUAAAAAAAUAUAUCGUAGUCAUGUAUGCACAAUAGCUCCUAAAAAAUAAUAUUCUUGUGGAAAUUUUAAAAGCAAACAAAUGUUGUUUCCAAUUCGCAAACCUUUUUGUGCCUUAAGAAAUAUAACAACAACAAAAUAUUCAGUUCGAUACUAACCUGAGACAAAUGUGCCUUUUCCAAUCCCAUCAAAUGUUUGAUGGAAUUUUAUUGCAUCUCAUCAACUUUCCACCGUACUUUUAGCCUAGAUUUAUUUUUCGAUUAAAUUUGACAAAAAAAGACAAAUUUAUUCCAACAACUUGAAUGAACAUAUCCUAAAUAAGAAUCAAUUAAUUAGCAAAAUAUAAUUUGUUAAUUUAAACUAAUUAAAUCGACCAGCGAGAUCAAAAUGGAAUAUUGCAGGAGUAAGUGAAGGUAGUAGACGGUUUUUAGUGCACACAAAAUUUUAAUUUACGCAGAUCAGUGUCACAUUCGAGUGACUCGUUCCCACAUGCGUAACACGUUCUUGAUUGGAUAUAAUGAUGUGUUGACGUGUGGAAAAUUUAUAUCUUACUCCGAAGACGGCCCAUACGGCCCCAGACGGUCCAUAAUAUUACGUGCAGAAAUGAAAAUUAACGCAACUGUCAUCGGGUGAUUAUGUAAGUAAAAUGGUUAUCUGUAUCACCGUUGACGAGGAAGAGAUUUUUCCCGAUGCAAACACAUCUUUCACCUUAAAAAGUAGCACACAUUCAAUCUUUCAAUGCAAAGAAAACCUGAACUUUAAAGUGAAAAGUUUAUCAUUUGUUUAGUUGAUCUAACAAAAGUACAUAUUGAAUUGACCCAAACCAUGGUUAAAAUUCAAAAUUCCGAUCGCAAGAACUGCUCUUCUAUCAGUACGAGUUGCAAUUUUCCAUUUUAACCUCGAAGGAAAACCUCACUCUUUUCAAAUUUGCUCUGCGAAAAUUAGUAUUUUUAGGUGGUGAUUAAAUCGGACCUUUUAUUGUCCGAUUUGCGUAUAGUUUGCGCGUAGGCUCAUCGCAUGAAACCCCAAUGCGUGAAUUUUACACAUUAAGAUUUUUCGAAGAAAAUAAAGACAUGCAUGGUUUUUAUGCCGCUUUUCAUACCGCCUGAAGAGGAAUUUCCUAUUAGGGAUUCCCUAUUUUCGCAUUAUAUAAUAUUGUAACGUGAAAUGAAGCUUUGUUUUUUUUUGGAUUUUCAUUUUAUUUUUUUUAUUUUGGUUUUAAAUUUAAUUUAGAUUAACAACGAUGAAACGUUUCAAAAACUUUCUAUCAUCUCAACGUUAAUAUACUCUUAGAUUUGAUGAAAAAAAAAAUAUUUCUUCUAUUCACUUCCUUUACAAUUGCGUCCUGGAAUCAUAUUCCGAAAUUUAUAUUAUUUAAAAUAAUGAAAAGAAAAAUGGUAAAUAUUAAAAUUAAUAAUUGUAGUGAUUUGGUCAUAAUUAUUUCAAUGGAAUGUACAUUUUCAAUUCUACCAAGACAAUAUUAUAAAGUAAUCGCAGAAUUUUUUGUUUGUUUGUUUUAGAUUAUUAUUAUUAUGAACGAUUAAAGUCUUGAUUUAAUUUUGUACAAAGAUAAGUCAACAUUUUUUUAGCAAUAAUUCUAUUCAUUGUGUUUACGUAACGUAUUACAUUUUCUCCGUUUGGUUAAACAUUAAAGACGAUAAUCUAUUUUUCUGGAAC